UCAUCUGUUACUGCUAAUUAAACUCAAACUACAUUAUCUUGCUGUUAUUCCACAUAAAUCGGCAAAUCCAACUCCUCCAUUAUUGAAUUAAUUUACAGUGAAGUUGAAGCAUGCAAAUAAGUAUCCUUUCAUGGAAUAUCUAACCCCUUGAUGUCUUACAAAUAUAUAUCAAAAUUAUUUGAAACAUCAAACACUUUCAAUUCAUGGCACCAGAAAAAGAAUUUUAAUCAUGAUUCAAAUUACACAUUAGUGCAGGUGAAGUUUGUUCUGUCCUGUCAUUUCAAAUGUUACAUGAAAAAAAGAAGCACUAGCAUUAGUCAAUUCCUUUCUUUUUUGUUUUUUGAUUUCUUCAAGAAUGAAGACCAUAAUAGAUUUAUUUCUUGCCACAUCUAAAUGAUGAUAUAAUGGAAAUUUUGCUUCCCAGAGGUUGUAAUUUUGGCAAAAUCAGUUGGCUGGUGAUGGGGCCCUGAUGGUAGGGAAUUGCUCAUGUGAACUUCAGGGUGUCAUGCACUAUUUUUCAAAAAGAUGAGAUAUGUGGCUCCUUCGUGAGUGUAAUUUCAUUGAUUAUGCAGUGAUAUGCUUUUGAAGACAAGAUCUUUGGAACCUUAUUAUCAAAUAUAUUUUAAUUUGUACAGCAAAAAAGGAAGAUUUUUACAGUCUUGAAUGAGGAAACAUCCCACAAUUUAUUAUUAUUAUUAUUAUUAUUAUUAUUAUUAUUUUAAGUUUUAGUUCAUCAAGUAGCUAAACCAGCUGCUGUGAAGUUCACAUGAGGGAUUCCCCACCUUCUUCAGAUUUCAGAGUCCUAUCACAUUGGAUGCUUGCAGCAUGUCCCUCCAGUAGAAAAAAGAUUGAAAAAGUCGUCAGUUUGCUUAAAUAAUUAGAAUGAACCUGUCAAAUUCUUCUAAUCAAUUUCAAGUUGAUUUUUUAGUCCUUACUGAUAUUGGUAGGCCCUGAUGUUUCAGAGAAACCAAAAUUGGUGAAUCAGUAUUCCUCAUUAUUGACAAUUAGGUUUAAGACAAAACCAUGUGAUCCUUCAUGAGUAUCACUAGACCUGAUCCAAACCAUUCACUAGCUUGCAUUAGAGCAUUUCCACUGUACCCUUUACUAUACGUGUGUGUAUAUAUACACACAAACAUUUUGAUUUAAAAGGAACACAAGUCCUUGCAUUCUCAAGCAUCAAUAGCACCUUUUCUAUCUAAGUCUUUAUUGAUCUCUCUUGUUCGUCCAUAACGAAAUAUGGGUUUCCGUCUGCCUGCUAUUCUUCGUGCUAAGCAAAUUCUUCAGAGGUCUCCUGCAAACCAAACAGCUUCAGCAGCCAAGGAUGUGCCAAAGGGCUACCUUGCAGUGUAUGUAGGAGAAAAGCAGAAGAAGCGGCGAUUUGUGAUUCCAGUAUCAUAUUUGAACACACCUUCAUUUCAAGACUUAUUAAUCCAAGCAGAAGAAGAAUUUGGAUAUGAUCAUCCAAUGGGUGGUCUUACAAUUCCCUGCUGUGAAAGCAUGUUUAUUGAUGCCAUUUCUUGCUUAAAUUGUUCAUGAAGCAGAACACUGAACACAAUUUUGUAAAGAGUGGAGUUACAAUGUACAAUGUACACAAAAAGCAUUAGCAUUAAUCAAUUAUUUUUCAUUCCUUCAAGAAUGUUAUAGAUUUUGUUCUGCAAUUUUCUUUUGCAUGAAUUUCCUGCUGCGGUACAAAUACUUUUUGCU